UGCUGUUUAUGGAAAGCCCAGUAGCUUGUUUUACAACACACUGUUUAAAUUAUUUGUGAAAAGGACUUUUCUCUGUACUUAUAAAUAGCAACUUUCACUUUGUAUGCCUUACUUUGCAAAUUUAGCAAGUAUACUACACUCUGAAUUUUUUUUUUUCCAGUGUACUCGUGUGAUGUGGACACCACCUCUUCGUGAAAGCUUUUCAUAUCCAUUCCUUGUACUUCAGAUGUUGCUUGUGACUCAUAUUCUCAGGGCUACAAAACUUUAUAGAGGAAGCUUGAUUGCACUCUGCAUUUCCAAUGUAUUUUUCAUGCUUCCAUGGCAGUUUGCUCAGUUUGUACUUCUUACUCAGAUUGCAUCAUUAUUUGCAGUAUAUGUCGUGGGAUACAUUGAUAUAUGUAAAUUACAGAAGAUCAUUUAUAUACACAUGAUUUCUCUUGCACUUUGUUUUGUUUUGAUGUUUGGGAACUCAAUGUUAAUAACUUCUUAUUAUGCUUCCUCUUUGGUAAUUAUUUGGGGUAUUCUGGCAAUGAAACCACAUUUCCUGAAAAUAAAUGUAUCUGAAUUUAGUUUAUGGGUUAUACAAGGAUGUUUUUGGUUAUUUGGAACUGUCAUACUCAAAUAUUUGACAUCUAAAAUAUUUGGCAUUGCAGAUGAUGCUCAUAUUGGCAACUUAUUAACAUCAAAAUUCUUCAGUUAUAAGGAUUUUGAUACUUUAUUAUAUACUUGUGCAGCAGAGUUUGACUUUAUGGAAAAGGAGACUCCACUGAGAUAUACAAAGACGUUGUUGCUCCCAGUUGUUCUUGUAGUGUUUAUUGCAAUUGUUAGAAAGAUUAUCAGUGAUAUUUGGGGUGUCUUAGGUAAACAACAGACACAUAUAAGAAAACACCAGUUUGAUCAUGGAGAGCUGGUUUAUCAUGCACUGCAACUGUUAGCAUAUACAGUCCUUGGUAUUUUAAUUAUGAGACUAAAACUCUUCCUGACACCACACAUGUGUGUUAUGGCUUCCUUGAUCUGCUCAAGACAGCUAUUUGGAUGGCUCUUUUGCAAAGUACAUCCUGGUGCUGUUGUUUUUGCUAUAUUAGCAGCAAUGUCAAUACAAGGUUCAGCAAAUCUACAAACCCAGUGGAAUAUUGUAGGAGAGUUCAGCAAUUUGCCACAAGAAGAACUUAUAGAAUGGAUCAAAUACAGUACUAAACCAGAUGCAGUGUUUGCCGGUGCCAUGCCCACGAUGGCAAGUGUUAAGCUCUCUGCGCUUCGGCCUGUAGUGAAUCAUCCGCAUUAUGAAGAUGCAGGCUUGAGAGCCAGAACAAAAAUAGUAUACUCAAUGUAUAGUCGAAAAGCAGCUGAAGAAGUGAAGCAAGAAUUAAUAAAAUUAAAAGUGAAUUAUUACAUUCUAGAAGAGUCAUGGUGUAUAAGAAGAUCCAAGCCUGGUUGCAGUAUGCCUGAAAUUUGGGAUGUGGAAGAUCCUGCUAAUGCUGAAACUCCCUUAUGUAACCUCUUGGUGAAGGAGUCCAAGCCUCACUUCACCACUGUAUUCCAGAACAGUGUUUACAAAGUCCUAGAAGUUGUGAAAGAAUGACUGCUACAUGAACUGCUGCCUACAGAGAACUGCAUCAGCAGAUUAACCUCAUUGUGGAUUGUCCUUGAGACCUGAGUCCUCAGGGAUGGUUUCCGGUGCCCACUCCUGGGAGCCACUGAAGAGCUGUUUUCUUUC